UAAACUCAGAACAGGUUGAAAAUAGUCAUUAAUUUUCCUAAUAAUUAUAAGGAAAACUUCAAUGGAUUUUUCAAAUUGCACAAAUGAGAACGAAUUGUUGAACAACGUUCAGAACAAUCCACCUUUCAUCAGUGUGCUCUAUUUAUUUUCAAUAUGCGUGACAGGGGUUCACUUGAAGAACAACGAUUUCAAGGUUUCAUCCUUCGUACGCGAAGCUACGAGGAGUUUGAUAGUUCUAUUUCUAGCUGUACAGAUUGCCGCAGUUUUAACAGCACUGUAUAUUUACAGAAAAUGUGUCGAAUUGAUUUUAAAGAGAAGGGAAAAGUACCGCGGACUCGUAACAGGCCCCGAUGCAUACUGGGCGCUUGAAAAUGUCAAUUCAAGGUCUAUAAUUAACAUACUUAUGACUAUAGAGUUAUCAAAAGAUUGUGACAUAAAAGAACUUCUUGUUAAAGCGAUUGAAGAAAGGCUGCUGAAAUUCGGACCUGAGAAAUUGACCUACUGUGCAAAAUGGUCUGAAUUCGGCUACUCCUACUGGUUGAAGAAUGUGACGGAUUUAAACCGACAGAUCAGAAAGGAUGAUUUAUCCUCUUUAGAAACGGCUCUGUCCGAUUUGGCCAACGAACCCUUGCCUGACGAUUCCCUCUGGGAAAUCAUCAUUGGGGAAAAAUCCGUGUAUAAAAACUGUUAUUACGUUAUAUUCAGGGUUCACCAUUGUAUCGGAGAUGGGUUCUCAUUGAUGAAGCAAUUUUUGGAAAUUCUAGUUGACAAACCUGAUUCCAACGAGAUGAAAAAUAUCGAAACAAACAGGAGUUUUGUCGAGCAGAAAACAUCAAUGUUUCAUAAAUUAACAGCCCUUUAUUACACCCCAGCAGUCCUAGGGAAGCAGAUAUUCAGCAAACCUGAUAUCAAUGCGUUUCAUAAUAAAACCCUUAUAGGAAAGAAAUUCAUUUUCUGGAAAAUUUAUGAAUUGAAAAGAUUAAAGGAGAUUAAAAAUUCACUUGGGUGUAGUUUUACGACCAUGCUGCUUUAUUCGAUAGCGAAAGGACUUCAACAUAAUUUAAACACAGAUGAAGUCACUCUAGUCAUUCCAGCGAAAAUAUCACAAGGACAGUCUCCAUCGGAAGGAUUCACGCUGGCACUUUUGAAAAUACCUUUAAAAGGCAGAUUUCAAAAAAUGUUCUCAACCAUUAGCAAAAACACGCAGACGUUGAAAACCCUGCCUGAUUUUUUGGUUAACUACUGGCUUUUGAAAGUCGGCUUUAGCCUCUUGCCUCUUGGGCUUAUCGGAAACGCUCUGAAAAGCAAUCAUGCCACUUUUAUCUUCAGCAAUAUACCAGGGCCAGGGCAAGCAUCAAUUUUCGGCAAUGUGGUUCAAGACAUAAAAUUUUGGCUACCUCACAGAGACAAAACAGGUAUUGGGUUUUCAGUGUUGAGCUAUGGUGACAAAGUGAACAUUGGUAUUUCCGCUGAUCAGGCCUGUAUACCGAACAGCUACCAGGUGGAGGCCCUUAUGGACAGGAUUGUGGCAAAUUUAGACGAACUUCAUAUCAAUGUCAAAUAAAAUUAAAAUUGUAACGAAACAAGUAUUCAUAAAUUGUCGAUUGACUUAUUAAAACAGAAAGUUCAACUUGUGUAACUAUUUUUUCAAUUAAGCGUUUAAUAAUAAAUUUAGAGUUUUAAGGAACGUAUAAGGAAAUCAGAAAGAAAAAAUUAAUUUUUUUGUUUUUUUAAUAAUAAUUGUAUUGUCUCUAUAAACAUUUAUCACAAUUUCCAUCGAUUUGAAAUGACAAGACAUUGUCAAAGAUGGAAAAAAAUUCUAACAUUAUAUAAUUUUCCCUCUUUUCCUUGACUCGAUUCUUUCUUUUUUUAAGGGAGAGAGCAAUUAUUUUUUUUCCCGGACCUUGUUUACUUCGCUCAGCUUCGAAUCUCUGUACAAAAAUAACACUUUCUUUUAUCUUCAACUUCGGAGUGCGCUGACUUUCUUCGACUCCGAUUAAAGGCAAAAGGCUAAACUAACAACUAGUGGAAUGCGUUAUUCACUCUUAUUUUGGGAUUUGUAAAAAAAAAAAAAAGAAAAAGAAAAA